AGUUACCGUCAAGAAUCUACAUCCUCAGACAGACCUUAUCCAUCAAAUCAAAGCCUUAUGCUGCCUCAGUGAGUCACUUUGCAUCAUCCAAUUUUCAGGCAGGUCUGAGGGUAGCACAAGCCUGCCGCCUCGUCCGAAGCAUCCGCGUAGCAGAGGUACCCGCUUAACUUCAUUCGCUCGGGGGUCGGACCAAAGACCAUCCGCCUAAGAAUCCCGAGACCCUUGAUCCGGGCCAGCCCGGCCGAAUCCGGUAUUAACGCGUCGUAACUCCUCGAACGCCAGGCAGAUGUCAUAGCCAAGGGUGACGAAUAUGGCGCGGAUAAGCGCAACGUCGACGGAGUUAUACAAGGGCUUCGGGGCCCGGGGCCGCACAACUCGUGGUCCGAUGUCUUUCCAAUCACUCUCGUGGCCGCCCCCUCGGCUUCGGUCUCGGACUUGGCAAUACCGCAGCGCCACAGCAUGUCAGUAUCAUCACCCGAAGAUGUCACGUCUGAAGCAUCAGGUCCCGCCGCCACGGCUCCGGCGCACGAGCCGCUCGCUUGUGUGAACUGCCGGUCCCGCAAGCUCAAGUGCGACCGGCAGAAGCCAGUGUGCAGCAGGUGUGCGAAGGCAGGUGGCGAAUGCGUGUAUCCGGAAUCCCGAAGGAAGCCGGCGUUCAAGCGGAGAAAUGUCAGGGAGCUCGAGGAGAGGCUAGCCCAGGUGGAAGGCCUGCUCCGGAGUGUCGGCAAACAGCGGGCGUCCCAGUCGGCCCGGCCUGAUGGUGCCGGAUCGGAGGGUUCAUCGCCAGGGGAACUUGGCGGAGAUGCCUCACGGUUCGACAGGCCUCAAGGCAGCCCCAUCGAAGGGGCGAUGCCGUGGUUCCCGUUGACCCCGAACGAGGCUCCCCAAAGCCACCCUGGCGAGCUGCUGGGUCUCGGCCAGUUCGAGAGCCUCCCCCCUUUCGAAAUGAUCGAAGACCUCCACGCGAAAUUCUUCUCCACCCAAGACACAUUCUUGCCUAUUAUACACCCGGGCAACUACUUGCGAGCGUUCCACUCCCCGCCGCAUAUGCGCCCUCCCAUGUCUCUUCAGUACGCCAUCUGGACCGUCGCUGCAAACGGAGACCCCAAGUAUGGACGCUAUCACGAUGCCCUGUACCGCCGUGCCCGUCAGUAUUUGGAAGCUGACGAGUUGAAGGGUCAUGGCGAACACUUUAUCACGAUUGGCCACGCCCAAGCCUGUGCGCUUGUCGCAAUGGACGAGGCCCGUUGCCUCCUGUUCACUAGAGCGUCAAUGAGUUGCGCUAGAUGCAUCAGGCUAGCCGGCAUGAUGGGGCUUCACCGGCUCGACAGUACUCUCAAUGAAGAGGAGGCGCCCAUGGCUCCUAUGAUCACGCCACCGCGAAGCUGGGCUGAACUCGAGGAGCGCCGACGGCUGUUUUGGGUAGGGUACUGUAUCGACAGUUACGCAGGCAUCAGCGCAGGGUGGCCGAUCCUAAUCGACUUGGACCUGGUCACCACGUUCUUGCCUGCAUCCGAGGAAGCAUUUACCAGCGGUGUCGAGGAGCAGUCUGCCACGCUGCAAGAUGCAUUUCGAGGCUUCAACUACUCGAAGUUUGCUGGAAACAUCGUCAUCUGCCGUAUCUUCGCCCAACUGAUGAAACACGCUCAUCGGCCGAUGCCCGAUGACCAUCCAGAGGAUCCGGAUUCCGGCGCCUUUUGGAAGCGCCACCGCGAGCUCGACAACAUGUUGUCCAGCGCAUUCAUGUUUCUACCCGAGCGGUUCCGGCUCCCAACGAACAUACGCGAUCCGCUCGCCGUGCAAACCAAUCUAAACCUGCAUGCCGCCGCUAUCUGCCUCCACCUUGCCGCAUCGGAGAAGGCUGAGAAAUUCAAGCUCGGGGGUAUACGGCAGGCGAGCCGGACCAGGAUGUUGACCGCAACGCAGGAAAUUCUCGACAUCAUCAAGGCUACCGCCAGCUACUCGAAGACCCAGUAUCAAGGUCCGCUGACGGCGCUUUCCCUGUAUCUCGCCGCUUCGGUAUACAUUUCGCAGGCAAAAGAGACACCGGACGAGUUCGACAAGGCCAGUUUCGGGCUCCUUGUCGACUGCAUGAAAACAAUCGGGCAUAAGCACGUCAUCACGCAUGCUUACCUAAACCAGCUCAAGCUCGACAUCGAACGCAACGGUGUGCCCGUCUCGGUAGAGGGCCUUACCCCGGCCGCCGAGUGUCUCAACAAACACCAGAAACACCUUGGUCAGCAUAACAUUCCGCACCUUGGUCAUCAUGGUAUUCCGCUUGUGGCGCGAGGGCCGACAUCGCGCCACACCAAGGUGCAGCCGCCACUGCCAGGCCGCUUACCCCUGGGCGCGCCGCAGGGCACCAUUUCGUACGCCGGCAACAUGCCGCCUACACCGUGGUCUAACUUUGUGGGGGAGAUGGAAUCCUCCCGCGGGACCGGCGAGAAUGACGGCCCCGCCAGCAAGCGGAUCUGCACCACAGCCGCGCGAAGCUCCGGGGUCCUGACUGCCACGGAGGCGCAAGCAACCACGCCUGGUCCCUCCACGUGGCUGGGAGGGCGCCGUGGACAGGGCUCUGUGGCUGCUGGUCCUCCGGGCCUCGAUCUAUUUGACUUCUCCAGCAGCAGUAGCUGGUCGUACACGACAAAGCACCACAUAACCGCUACAUUGCCCCAUCGGACGGGCUCACCGGCCAUGAACAUCCGGGCGGUAUCCAUCGCAACAUCCAACCCAGUCCCCGAUUUUACCGCAUUCUCGAUGCCCGGCUCGGCGGCGGGUGCAUCAGUACCAUUUCCACUGAUGCCGGCAGCUGGACCUUCGACAACUGCGGGGCUCGGGCCGGCUGGCAGCUUUGGUAUGGACCCUCCUGCUGGCAAUACCGAUGCCACCACUAGCACCAAUGCCGACAGCAACAACCCCAAUCCAACACAAGGACUAGGAAAUCUCGGUAUUUUCGACAGUAUAGGUGAUUGGGACCUGUCAGACCCCCAGUCGAUUUUCGGCAUGUUACUUGACAUGUCCGCCGAUGACUUUGGCGCCACGUCACAGGAGAGCAAUAUGGACCCCUGGGCAGCGCUAAAUAAUGCCGCUGGCGGCAGCAGUUCCGCUGCAGGCGGAGGAGGGACUUGGGAUUCUAGUGGCGCCGGCGGUUCUGGGUCUGUAUAAAGCAGACAGCUCAUUUCCCACCGAGCAAUGAAAGAGCUCCAUGAAGGUGGCUUGUGCUACUAUUACGGACAUCUCCCCCCAACUGCACUGUACUAUAUCAUGACUUGGGAGACGGUGUACAACAGCAUGGAGUUCAGGAUAGAUAUACCAGGGUUACUACGGAUAUUCGGCAUCGGACGGAUGGACAUACAUAGGUUCGGAUGGGCGCAAACGGGGUUGUACAUUAGGUGGACUCCAACCCUCCUCAGCAUCGGCAUAUCAGAUCUCCCAUCUAAUAUAACCAUUAAGACAA